AUGAAUGCUGAUGAGAAGAAAAGGCGCAGCAGCGCUUGCGCUGUGGGACCCACAACCGUGGAAGAAAUCCAGAAGAUUUUGGCGAUUGCAAAUGAGUACAAACUUCCUCUGUGGGCAGUUUCUCGGGGCAAGAAUCUUGGGUAUGGUGAUCCUCACAAACGUGUGAAGGGCUCUAUUAUCGUUGAUCUCCAGAAAAUGAACAAGAUCCUUGACGUAAACAAGAAGUUUUCAUACUAUACGGUGGAGCCUGGUGUGACCUUUUUCCAGCUCUUCCAAGAGAUCCAAGCACAGAAGAAGCAUAUUUGGUGUUCAUCCCCCUCUUUGGGCUGGGGGAUUGUGGUUCGAAUUGCGCUCGAUCGGGGUUGGGGAUACACCCACAAUGGCGAUCACUCCAACCAAAUUUGCGGCAUUGAGGUGGUUCUCCCUGGCGGCACACUGGUCCGAACAGGCAUGGGAGCACACGACAACUCGGUGAGUGGGCCCCUGUUUCGAGGUGGCUAUGGUCCGACCUAUGACUCUAUGUUCAGCCAGUCCAACUUCGGCAUUGUCACUAAAAUGACAAUCUGGGCAUCCCCUGCCCCUGAGGGAUUCAUGCAAGUUCAUCUCUCAGUCCCCGAGGAGCGUGAUCUGGCACCGAUGGUGGAUAUUUUACGCGAAUUGCUUCUGCGGGAAAAGAUUCAAAACCACCCUGUUAUUGGAAAUGUGAUUCGCCAAAUCAAUAAACACGGCCUCCGCAAGGACUUUUGGAAUGAGGAUACUUCGAUUCUAUACCAUCGAAUUAAAGAGAUCCAAAAGGACCUCAGAUUGGGGUUCUGGGAUGCCACAUUUGCUCUAUAUGGGCCUAAGGAGAUGAUGGAGUAUAACCUCAAGCAGAUCCAAGAAGCAUUCAAGCCAAUCAAGGGCCAUGUGUUGAAGGAAACUGCGCAUUAUCCUGAGCCCAGUCAGAAAUACGUCAACGCCCUCGAUGUCCCUUACGAUCUGCAAACUGGAAAUCCUGGCCUGCGCCCUAUCCGGUCAAUUGAAUACCGCGGACUUGACGGUGGACACAUUUCUUUCUCCCCAGUCCUACCCUCGGACGGAAAGGCAGCUCUUGACUUCCACUACAAAGCACAGAAGAUAUGUGAAAAGCACGGUUAUGAUUUCGUUGCGGGUCUGCACAUGAACUUGCGGCACAUGACAUAUAUCAACAUGAUUCACUUCGACUGCAACUCGCAAAAGGACAAAGACUCUGCAAACGCCUUGUUCGUUGAUAUGGUUCGUGCUGCGCGGGAAACCGGCUAUGGCGAGUACCGUGCACACAUUGAACAUAUGGAUCUGGUUGCCGAGCAGUAUGACUAUGGUGGUGGUGCUUUGAUGCGCUUGAAUGAGCGAAUAAGGAUACGUUAG